GCCAAUUUUACAGGCAAGAUGGCGACAUCGGAGCCGCGCGGAACGGAAAGUGAAGACCUUUCUACUGAGAGUCCUACAGCAACCACGUCAAGUCCAGAGCAGUACAUCAAACACCCCUUACAAAACAGAUGGGCCUUGUGGUAUUUUAAAAACGACAAGAGCAAAAGCUGGACGGAAAACCUGCGACUUAUUUCUAAAUUUGACACAGUGGAAGAUUUCUGGGCGUUGUAUAACCACAUCCAGCAGCCCAGUAAGCUUGGCUUUGGCUGUGACUAUUCCUUAUUUAAGGAUGGGAUAAAGCCCAUGUGGGAGGAUGACAGGAAUAAACUUGGAGGUCGAUGGUUAAUGACUCUGAGCAAACAGCAGAGACACAAUGAUCUAGAUCGCUACUGGAUGGAAACGCUCUUGUGUUUAGUCGGUGAGUCGUUUGACGAGGCCAGCGAUGAAGUGUGCGGAGCAGUGGUCAAUGUUCGGCCAAAAGGAGAUAAAAUCUCCAUCUGGACAGCGAACUGUCAAAACAGGGAAGCCAUCAUGACAAUAGGGCAGCAGUACAAAGAGCGUCUGAACCUGCCCAUGAAAGCUAUGAUUGGAUACCAGUCACAUGACGACACAUCAAGCAAAAGUGGAUCCACGACAAAAAAUAUGUACACAGUUUGAAAACUAGAUCAAAAACAGACAAACUCAUCAUUUCAGCGAGUCUUAGGUUUAUAAAAUUACCCGUUUGCAUCACGUUUAUCAUUUUGAAUUCUACUGUAGUUGUCCUUCCUUUUUUAAAGACAGAGAACCAUGUUUACCCUGUG